AGGAGGGGGGGGGUGGGCACUGCAUAGGGGUUGGAAAUAGUAAUUUAUUUUUCACUUGCAUAAAUGACGAUGAUCUAAUAUCUUUUUCGCACACAUAUCAGGAUUCCAGGAUGACAUGGAAACGGCCUGUCAGUUUUGCGAAUCCAGCACGGAUUCUUGUUGCCAAAGUGUGUCAUGCAAAAAAGGACUAUCUGCAGGAGCUGUCGCAGGGAUAGUCGUGGGGUGCGUUGUCGGAACGGCUUUGAUUGCAUUAGCGGCAUUUUGUUUUUGCACACGACGGAAACGGGUACGGAACGAUCGUUUCAAAUUCACAACCUACGUAGCGCCACCACGAGACGAAUAUGCGAAUCACAGAGACAGCAGCCGCACAUCAACAUUGCCCCUCAACAGCAGCAGUAGCACCAAGGACAACCACAACAGCAUGAACAGCAACACCAUGAACAAUGAGCCACCGUCAUCCUCCUCUUGCGGUAGCAAUGACUUUAACGACAACAUACCUACGCCUUUAGCAUCUGCACCGCCACCCGCGCCGCCGCCGCCGCCGCCACCCUCUGCUUUGCAGCAGCCGCGACCCGAAGAUCUGUAUAUGGUUGUCCAUCCAUACCCGCCACAGAUGGGCGACGAGCUAGGUUUACAUGUCGGUGAUAUCAUAUACGUGGCAAUGCCCUUUGACGAUGGAUGGGCGCUUGGCAUUAACGCCAUGACAGGAUUGAAGGGUGCAUUCCCAAUGGUAUGUGUCAAGCCUGUACCCAGAGACGUGCUAGACGAGAUGAUGGCUUCACAAGCAUCAUCAGAAGACGACUCGUCCAAGGUGUUGAUUGAAGACGGUGACGACAUGGUGCUGCAGCACCAGCAGCAGCACCAGCAGCAGCAGCAACAGCGUCAAGAACUAGAGUAUCUCAGCGAACAGCAACGCGCGCUACAUCAAAACAACGUCCAUUACCAUCCAGGAGAAGAAGAAAAUCCGUUUGCCGAUACACCGCCACCACCUACAAUCCGUUAUCCCCAGACGCGUCCUCAGACCCCGCCAAGACUACAGUUGAUCAACGUGGACCGACUCAAGGAAAGCGUACGACGAUCCAUGAGUCUUGGAGCAUUUACCCACACAGCGUUACCGCGGUCAGAACUGACCAAUCACAGCAACAUACCCAAGCGGACAGCAAGCAUGCGUACAUCUACUUAUGGCUACGCCGAGGCCGAGAGCCCCACAUCACCGACUUUAAAUACACCCUUUUUCGAUGUAAAACCAUUAUCCAACACAACUGCCGCCGCCGCCAUCUCUCGCUUUGAACAACAACAACAGCCUAGCCACCAUCACCACCACCUCCAUGAUACCUACGAACUCCAUGAACAACGCCAUAGCAGUAAUAGUAGUAGCACUAGCAGUAGUGAUCACUUUCAAUGGAAUUCAAGGUCUAAAGGUUGAUUUCGAAAAAAAAAAAAGAAAUCAAAAACAUUUAUACAGACAGACAUAUCAUCCAUUGCAUUGGUUAAUUCUGUUCUUUUUUUUCUUUUUGCUU